CAAUCCAACUCCUUGCCGGCCAAGUAAAAGAGGAGAAAAAAGAGCAAAGGUAAGUCCCUUGAAAAAAAUGCAGGAAAAGGAUAAGCGACUUAGAAGUCUCCCUUUCCUUGCCAUUGCCACGGCCUUAAACGUGCUCUCUAAGCUCAUUUUCCUCCCCGCUAUAUAACCACCAACUCUCCAUUCUCUCCUCCACAUCACACCAAAGAAAACCAAAACUCAAAUCCUAACCUACCACUUCAUUCAAACCAAGAGAAGGAUUCCAUUUUGUGAGCAAUGGAUGGUGGUGGGCAAGAGAGAGAGGGCAAAGGGAGUUUUCAUUUGCAGAUUGAUGAGUUUGACACUGCAGGCUCAACAAUUUUUGAACCACAAUGCCGUGUUGAAAAGAUGGAUAGUAGUAAUGCCAAUUCUGUUUCUCCGUCAAAGCAGCCGGUGCACGCGCCGGAGAAGAAGCUGACACUCUUUGCUCUAAGGCUAGCGGUGUUGGAGAAAGCAGCAACGGGGCUGGGAACUCUGGGUUUCAUCUGGGCAACUGUGGUUCUACUUGGUGGUUUUGCUUUAACCUUGGACAAAACAGACUUCUGGUUCAUCACCAUUAUUCUGCUGAUUGAGGGGACUCGGAUAUUCAGCAGAAGCCAAGAACUUGAGUGGCAGCAUCAAGCUACGUGGUCAAUUGCUGAUCUUGGGAUCAGUAGUUUCCGGGCAAUAAGAUCUAGCUCACAUUUCAUUGUUAAAACUAUGAAGGCAGUAUUCAGUCCAAUUGAUGCCAUACGAAAGGAAAGCCGGCGACGCAGAGAAAUUAAUGAGAGCACUAACCUGGCAGGCCCUAGAAACUGGCAGAAGCAGAAGAUGCCAACUCGAAUAUGGGUUACUUCAGAUGUUCCUCUGCUUCCAUAUGCCCAGUCGGUUUUCCUCUCGAGGAAUAUCAGCAAGCUUCUCUACUGGCUCCAGCUUGCAUCUGCAACAGCCUGCGCUGUCUUAUCAUUAUUGAAGCUCAUCAAACAUAACUAUGGUGAAGUAGAGAAAGGGGAUUCCGACAAGAGGAACCGCAGGUCUGCCCUGAAUAUCUUUUACGCGUUGGCCUUGGCAGAAGCAUUUUUGUUCCUGUUGGAGAGAGCCUUCUGGGAAUGGAAGGUCACCUUCUGUAAAUUGCUGGAUGAGGUGAACAAGGAGUGUGAGCUGGGGCCUUCGGGUAUGGUUUCUAUUAGAAGGUUCUUCUAUGAUGCCUAUUCAAGGUGUGUGAAUGGAAGCAUCUUUGAUGGUCUAAGGAUGGAUAUGGUUUCAUUUGCCAUGGACCUCUUGGCUUCGAAUUCUCCUGAUGAACAGCUGAUUGGAGUUAGGAUUUUACGAAAGUUCGCAAUGAGUGAGCGGUCCUCUGAUGAAACCCUUAAAAACAUUGGAACAACAUUAUCGGUGAUGGAAAGGUUGGUUGAAAUGUUGAAUUGGAAAGAUUCUCGGGAAGAAGAAAUCAGGCAAUCAGCAGCAGAAAUAUUGUCGAAACUAGCUGGUAAAAAGCAGAAUUGUCUAAGGGUUGCUGGAAUACCUGGUGCAAUGGAAUCAAUAUCGUCACUGCUCCAAGACCACAGGACAGAUCAUGGCGCAGCUGAUGAAAUCUCCGAUAAGAGAAACAUCCAGGACCAUGAACAUUAUAGUCUCUGGACAUUCAACCAUUUGGGGCUUCUUAUAUUAAAGAAACUUGCUUGCGACCAGGAUAACUGUGGGAAGAUAGGGAACACGAGAGGACUCCUACCAAAAAUAAUAGAUUUUACACAAGCAGGAGAGAGUUUACUGAAGAACGAAACAGUUGCACCAUCUCAAAUCUUGACUGUAAAACGGUCUCUACAAGUUCUAAAGAUGGUAGCUAGCACAAGAAGCUCCACAGGCAAGAAUCUCCGCAAAGAGAUAUCUGAGGUGGUUUUCACAAUCAGCAACAUCAGAGAUAUACUAAGGUAUGGUGAGGACUACCCAGUACUACAACAACUCGGCAUAGAAAUUUUAACCAGCCUAGCUCUGGAAGCGGAUGCAACAGAGAGGAUUGGGGGCACAGGUGGAGUUCUCAAAGAAUUGUUCAACAUUUUCUUUAAAGAGGGAGUGCUUGAGAAUCACAAUCAUGUAAGAAUUGCAGCCGGAGAAGCACUGGCAAUGCUGGCAUUAGAAAGCAAAAGUAACUGUCAAAGAAUUCUAAAGUUGAAGGUAAUUGAGAGGCUGGUUGUUGGAUUAGACGUGCCAUUACUUCGCAUAAAUGCAGCAAGAAUCUUAACAAACUUGUGCACCUACACCAAAGCAGACUAUUUCAUGCAGAUCAGGGGGAUCGCUGCUACAACACCCACUGUUCUUAGAGCAAUUAUGUAUGAUGAAAACAAAUUGCAAGAAGUGAUGGUUGGACUAGCGGCACAUGUUUUCAAACUUAUGACUAAGGAAGAAUUGACCAUCAUGUUGGAGAGAGCUGGAAUUGAAGAGGCUCAAUUAGCAACUGCACUAGUUGAGAUUUUGAAGAAGUACCGGUGUCCACCAAUUAAGACUCCAAGGAUAAGGAGGUUUGUCAUAGAGUUGGCAAUUUGUAUGAUGACAGAAAAUGAAACCAAUGUCCAAAUUUUCAAGGAUCAGGGAAUGAAGAAGGAGCUGGAGGGCGUCACAGAGACCACAUCAGAGCUGGAAAACUUUGCUGUUUUCUCUGGUACUGUUGGCUUGAGCCGGCACAGCACAACAAUUCACUCGCUAGUUGAAAGUGCAAUGAAGUUACUGCAAGGCAAGUAAUUUAUGCAGAGUUGAUUUUUCCGAAACAACAAUUCAUGUAGCAACAAAUUCAAUAAUUUUGUAAAUAUGGAUGAUGAAGAUUAUAGGAGUUUUUUUUCUCUUUAUGCCAAUAAUCAAGUUUAUAUCUAUUGAUAUAAUAAUUGGCUGGACAUUGUCUUUAGUCUGUAUCUUAGAUUAUUAAUGUACAUAUUUAGGAUGCCACGUGGAAAUACAAACUAAGAUACAUGUUCUGGCUGGGCAGUGUGCAUUAAUCCCGAGGUUGACUGUAUUACAGUGGAGGGGCAACCAAGCAGACAAAAUCCUGAACCAGUUGCCCUGCCUGUAUGGCUUCUU